AUACUGCACGAUGGUGAUAUAUAUCCCUACAUCGAUGGUUCUAUGUUUAUUCUAACGCAUUACUUUAGCACCGUUUCCAUUGGAUGCUUCUGUAUUUUUCCGCCGAUGGUGAUAUCAUACAGAAUAUCAGCCACACUUGCCACUGAAUUACAGUUUGUCCUAUUUAGCCAUCUAACCACAAGGCAGUGGCAGAAAACAGUCGUCUCGUUCAGAGAGAGAGCGAGAGAGCUGUGAAAUGGGCAUAUAAACCUGUAUCAAGCAUAUUAUCUAAAUUGACAUUUAAAUACAUCGGAAUGGCUUGUAAUCCAUUACCAAAAAUCCACCCCACUAAACAGUAAUUUAAUUACCGGUAUCGUAAUUUGACCGUAAUUAAAACCUCGAGCCUGUGGAGAUGGGAUUCCUCCACCAGCUACAUCUUCUGUUGUGGAAGAAUGUGUCUUUGAAGAGAAGAGGACCGUGGGUGUUGGCCUUUGAGAUCUUCAUCCCCCUGGUCCUUUUCUUCAUCCUGCUGGGCCUGCGCCAGAAGAAACCUGCCAUCCCUGUCAAGGAAGCCUUCUACAGCGCAGCACCCCUCACCUCAGCAGGCAUCAUCCCCAUCAUGCAGUCUCUGUGUCCCGACGGCCAGAGGGACGAGUUUGGCUUCCUGCAGUACAAGAACUCCACUGUGACCCAGUUGUUGGAGCGGAUCAGUGAUGUGGUGUUACAGAACCACCUGCUCACAGCAGACAGGCCAGGACUGGGCCAGGAGCUGGAGUCCCUGCAACAACACCUGGAGAGACUCAGCACGCCCACAGGGCCAUCCCCGCUGGACAACGGCUUCAACACCAGCCAAGGGUUCACCGUGGCCAGUAUGUUGAAGAACCAGUCUGUGUUCCGUCAGUUUCUGGUCAGGAAUCUGUCUCUCCCCAAUAACACGGCCAGCCUUCUGCUCUCCACUCCUGUCAACCUCAAAGAGGUCUUCAACAUGAUAUUUGGCCUGUACCCCAGAGCUGGAGGGGGGAGUAGUCAUGCUUCAGGCGGGGCAAAAGAGACCGCACAAACCCCUGCAGAGAAGAGCCUUCAACUGGAAGAGAAGCUUCUGGGAGCCAUGCAUCGUCUGGACGGAGGACUGAUCCACAAAGCUUUACGAGACCCAACCAAAGCAGCCCAUCGGCAGGGCCUACUCAGACUCAUGUCUCAGGCAUUAGGCCUAGCAGAAGGAGAGGCAGGCCAGAGAUACGAUCCCCAGGGACUGAAGGAGAUGGAGGGUGUUCUCCUGACUGGUGCCAUGUUGGAAAUGCUUACUUGUGGGGAGAAUGGGACUGGUGAGCUGAGCAAGAUCCUAUUGGUUCCUGAGAAGCAGCAGUCCAUGCUCCAGGCCUAUCGCAGCACAGUGUGUGGUGGCGGGGAGGGACAGAGGACUGAGCGCUUUGGAGAGAUGAGCCAGGAGCUGAGAGACCAGAUAGACACAGAGAGCCUCGUUGACAAGCUGCGUCUGGAGAAGGUCAACUUCUCGGCUCCUCUGUCCCAGUCCCACCUGGGUGCUCUGCUGAAAGACCUGGCUGACGUGGAGAGACUCUUCAGGGACGUAGACCUGCUGUCAGGCCUGGCUCGCCUGCUCCCUAAGGGGGCCUGUGCUGGGGGUCAUACGGCCCCUGGGGCCCCCGCCAACACCACCACCUCCUGGGCCCGCAACGCCACUACCUGGGGGCCCAACACCACUGAGACCCCUGGGGAGGAGGGAGGAGAGGAGGAGGGUGGAGGACGAGAGAAAGAGAAAGGGAAAGAGAAUCCUCAUUCACAGUUUUCUGCUUUUGUACAGCUGUGGGCAGGGCUGCAGCCUAUUCUGUGUGGGAACGAUAGGAUCAUUGAGCCUGAAGCGUUGAAGCAGGGGAAUAUGAGCUCUCUGGGUUUCACCAGUAAAGAGCAGCGCAAUCUGGGUUUACUCGUGCAUCUGAUGACUACAAAUCCCAAGAUCCUCUACUCUCCCGUUGGCUCACAGGUGGACAAAGUCAUUCAGAAGGCAAAUGAGACAUUUGCGUUUGUGGGGAACGUGACUCACUACGCCAGGGUGUGGCUCAACAUCUCUGCCCAGCUCAGGACCUACCUAGAGGAGGGCAAACUGCACCACCAGCUGGCCUGGCUGCAGCUGUUGACCUCUAACCUGCGUAGUCACCCGGAGCUGCUGAAUGGGACAGACAGUGACCUGUUGCGUGGACUGCUGGAUGGCAACUACACCCUGUCCAACACCUCCACCCUGCUGGAGCAGCUGGACACCAUUGACAACGCAGCCUGCGGCUGGACACACUUCAUGUCCAAGGUCAGUGUGGAUAUCUUCAAGGGUUUCCCUGAUGAAGACAGCAUCGUCAACUAUACCCUGAACCAAGCCUACCACCAUAACAUCUCAGUAUUUGCCAGUGUGAUAUUCCAGACCAACAGAGAUGGCUCCCUGCCUCCACAUGUCCUCUAUAAGAUCAGACAGAACUCCAGCUUCACAGAGAAAACCAACGAGAUCCGCCGGGCCUACUGGCGCCCGGGGCCCAACACAGGGGGAAAGUUCUACUUUCUCUACGGCUUUGUGUGGAUCCAGGAUAUGAUAGAGAGAGCCAUCAUUAACACGUUUGUGGGUCAUGACGUGGUGGAGCCUGGGAACUAUGUUCAGAUGUUCCCCUACCCCUGCUACACCAGAGACGACUUCCUGUUUGUGAUCGAGCACAUGAUGCCUCUGUGCAUGGUGAUCUCCUGGGUGUACUCUGUAGCCAUGAUGAUCCAACACAUUGUGGCUGAGAAGGAGCACCGGCUCAAAGAGGUGAUGAAGAUGAUGGGCCUGAACAAUGCGGUCCACUGGGUGGCCUGGUUCAUCACUGGCUUCGUCCAGCUGUCCAUCUCAGUGACCGCCCUGACGGCCAUCUUGAAGUAUGGCAGAGUGCUCCUCCACAGUGACAUCCUCAUCAUCUGGCUCUUCCUGUCCAUCUACGCCAUCGCAACGAUCAUGUUCUGUUUCCUGGUGUCAGUGAUCUACUCCAAGGCCAAGCUGGCGUCUGCCUGUGGGGGGAUAAUCUACUUCCUAAGCUACGUCCCCUACAUGUACGUGGCCAUCAGGGAGGAGGUGGCCCAUGACAAGAUCACCGCCUUUGAAAAGUGCAUUGCUUCUCUGAUGUCGACCACAGCGUUCGGCCUGGGCUCUAAGUACUUUGCCCUGUAUGAGGUGUCAGGAGUUGGCAUCCAGUGGCGCACCAUCAACCAGUCGCCUGUAGAGGGCGAUGACUUUAACCUUGGUCUGUCCAUGAUGAUGCUCAUAAUCGAUGCCAGUGUGUAUGGAGUUCUCACCUGGUACAUAGAAGCUGUGCAUCCAGGGAUGUAUGGGCUGCCCCGGCCGUGGUACUUCCCCCUGCAGAAGUCCUAUUGGCUGGGCAGUGGGCGUGUGGAGACGUGGGAGUGGCCUUGGGGAGGAGCAGCCAGGCUGAGUGUCAUGGAAGAGGACCAGGCAUGUGCCAUGGAACACCGGCGAUCUGAGGAGAUGCGUGGUAUGGAAGAGGAGCCCAGCCACCUGCCCCUGGUGGUGUGUAUAGACAAGUUGACCAAGGUGUACAAGACGGGCAAUAAGCUGGCCCUCAACAAGCUGAGCCUCAACCUUCAUGAGAACCAGGUGGUCUCCUUCCUGGGUCACAAUGGAGCCGGCAAGACAACCACCAUGUCUAUUCUGACAGGUCUGUUCCCGCCCACCUCGGGCUCAGCCACCAUCUACGGCCAUGACAUCCGUACUGACAUGGAGCGUAUCAGGCAGAAUCUGGGCAUGUGUCCCCAGCACAACGUGCUCUUUGACAAGCUCAGUGUGGAGGAGCACCUGUGGUUCUACUCCAAACUCAAAGGCAUGGCCGAGGAGGACAUCCGCAAGGAGAUGGACAAGAUGAUCGAGGAUCUGGAGCUGAAUAAUAAACGCCACAGCCUGGUCCAGACUCUGUCUGGAGGAAUGAAACGGAAACUGUCUGUAGCCAUAGCGUUUGUGGGCGGCUCCCGGGCAGUCAUCCUGGAUGAGCCCACGGCGGGUGUCGACCCUUACGCACGCAGAGCCAUCUGGGACCUCAUCCUCAAGUACAAACAGGGCCGCACCAUCCUGCUGUCCACCCACCACAUGGAUGAGGCUGACCUGUUAGGAGACCGCAUAGCCAUCAUCUCCCAUGGGAAACUCAAGUGCUGCGGCUCCCCACUCUUUCUCAAGAGCACCUACGGAGACGGCUACAAACUCACCCUGGUCAAGAAACAGAGUGAGAGCGGCGACCAGGUCACCCAGCCUCCAUUCUUCCUGUCUCCCUGCUCCUCCUCCUCCCUGUCUCCCUCCUCCUCCCUGUCCCCCUCCUCCCUGUCUCCCUGCUCGGAGGCCCGGGUCACCAAGUUCAUCCGUCAGUUCGUGGGGUCCUGUCUGCUGGUGUCUGACUCCAACACUGAGCUGUCCUAUGUGCUGCCUUCGGAGGCUGUCAAGAAGGGCUGCUUCGAGAGGCUCUUUCAGGCGUUAGAGCAGAGUCUGGACCUCCUGGCUCUGACCAGCUUCGGGGUGAUGGACACCACUCUGGAGGAGGUCUUCCUCAAGGUGUCAGAGGAGGACCAGUCCCUGGAGAACAGUGAUGCUGACAUGAAGGAUUCCCCGGGCGGUAGCUCAGUGGGGAAGCCUGCUGCUGCGGUGGUGGAUCUGGGGGUCCCUGGGCCGCAGGUAGGGAUGAGCUCAGUGUGCUGAGACCUAGAGCUAAACUGCUCCAGGCUCAGCCAGAGUCAGUCGUCCCUGCGCUCAUCCUCCUCCCUGGGGUCCGUGCGGGGAGACGAGGGGGGGCUCUACACAGACUUCUAUGGAGACUACUGCCCCCUCUUCGACAACGGACAAGACCCUGACUCUACCAGCCUGACGGCGGAAGCGGAUGAGACCUCUGGCCCUGAGCAGCCUGUGGUCCUGGAGGACCAGGGCAGCAUCAAGCUGGAGGGUUGGUGGCUGAAGCUACGUCAAUUCCAUGGCCUCAUCGUGAAGAGGUUCCACUGUGCCAAGAGGAACACCAAGGGUCUUUUCUCUCAGAUCCUGCUGCCUGCAUUCUUCGUCUGUGUGGCCAUGACCGUAGCCCUGUCGGUGCCUUCCAUCGGAGAUCUGCCACCAUUAGUCUUGUCUCCAUCCCAGUACCACAACUACACCCAGCCUCGUGGCAACUUCAUCCCCUACGCCAACGAAGAUCGCCCACAGUACAGCAGUAAACUGUCCCCAGACGCCAGCCCUCAGAAGAUCGCCAACACGCUCCGUCUGCCUUCUGGCGUGGGCGCCACCUGCGUCCUCAAAACGCCCUUCAACAGCACCCUGGACCAGCUGGCACAGACGCUCAACCCCAGUGCCAACAACUCCAAAACCCUAGCUGCCCGCUACUUUGACUCCAUGUGUCUGGAUUCCUUCACCCAGGGAGUGCCCUUGUCCAACUUCGUACCCCCUCCCCCCUCGCCAGCCCCCUCAGAUGACCCCGACCCUCGUUUUGAGGAUAGACUGUGGAACUUCACCGCUACCACUCUUACCACUGUACGGGAAACAGUGACCUCUCCCCCCACCUUGCCUCUGUCUAUCCGGGAGCCGGUUCGUUGUAUCUGCUCCAUGCAGGGGACGGGCUUCUCCUGCCCCAGUGGGGUCGGGGGGCGGCCGCCCCUUAUGAAGGUGGUCACUGGGGACAUUCUGGUGGACAUCACCGGGCGCAACGUGUCAGAGUACCUCCUCUACACCUCUGACAGACUGCGCCUGCACAGAUAUGGAGGACUCACUGUAGGCAACAUACAGAAAUCAGUCCCAGCAUCCUUUGGGAAAAAUAAUCCGCCCAUGGUUCGCAAAAUAGCCGUGCGCAGAUCAGCUCAGGUGCUGUACAAUAAUAAAGGGUACCACAGCAUGCCAACCUAUCUCAAUGUCCUCAACAACGCCAUCCUGCGUGCCAACCUGCCUCCAGGCAAAGGCAACCCUGCUGCAUACGGAAUCACCCUGACCAACCACCCUAUGAACCGUACCAGUGCAAGGCUCUCUUUGGACUACCUGCUCCAGGGCACUGAUGUGGUGAUAGCCAUCUUCAUCAUCGUGGCCAUGUCCUUUGUACCAGCCAGCUUUGUGGUCUUCCUAGUGGCAGAAAAGUCUACCAAGGCGAAGCACCUGCAGUUUGUCUCUGGAUGUGACCCAGUCAUCUACUGGCUGGCCAACUACGUAUGGGACAUGCUGAACUACCUGGUGCCUGCAACGUGCUGUGUCCUUAUCCUGUUUGUCUUUGACCUUCCUGCGUACACAUCCCCAACCAACUUCCCCGCGGUCCUCUCUCUCUUCCUCCUCUACGGGUGGUCUAUAACUCCUGUCAUGUACCCUGCCUCCUUCUGGUUCGAGGUGCCCAGCACGGCCUAUGUGUUCCUCAUAGUCAUCAACCUCUUCAUAGGAAUCACUGCCACUGUAGCCACCUUCCUGCUGCAGCUCUUUGAACAUGACAAGGAUCUGAAACUGGUGAACAGCUACCUAAAGUCCUGUUUCCUUAUCUUCCCAAAUUACAACCUGGGUCACGGCCUGAUGGAAAUGGCCUACAACGAAUACAUCAAUGAGUACUAUGCUAAAAUAGGUCAGUUUGACAAGAUCAAGUCUCCAUUUGAGUGGGAUAUUGUGACUCGAGGGCUGGUUGCCAUGACAAUCGAGGGCUUUGUAGGCUUCUUCAUAACCAUCCUGUGCCAGUACAACUUCCUCAGGAAACCCUCGAGAGUACCAGUCAGCAGCCAGCCCAUAGAGGACGAUGAUGAGGAUGUGGCCUCUGAGAGAAGGAGAGUACUGAGAGGAGAAGCUGACAACGACAUGCUGAAGAUUGACAACCUCACCAAGGUGUACAAAUCGAGGAAGAUGGGGCGUAUCUUGGCUGUGGACCGGCUAUGUUUGGGCGUGCGUCCUGGGGAGUGUUUCGGCCUCCUGGGUGUGAACGGAGCAGGGAAGACCACCACCUUCAAGAUGCUGACUGGAGACGAGAGCACCACGGGAGGAGAGGCCUUCAUAGGGGGGAGCAGUAUCCUGAAGGAGCUGUUGAGGGUGCAGCAGAGCAUUGGCUACUGUCCUCAGUUUGACGCCCUGUUUGAAGACCUGACAGCCAGAGAGCACCUGGAGCUGUACACACGGCUCCGGGGCAUCCCCUGGAAGGACGAGGAAAGGGUGGUCUCAUGGGCCCUGGAGAAACUGGAGCUGUCCAAGUAUGCAGACAUGCCCGCUGGCACCUACAGUGGGGGAAACAAGCGCAAGCUGUCCACUGCCAUCGCCCUCAUCGGAUACCCCUCUCUCGUAUUCCUGGAUGAACCCACUACAGGGAUGGAUCCUAAGGCCCGCAGAUUCCUCUGGAACCUCAUCCUCGACAUCCUCAAGACGGGACGCUCUGUGGUGCUGACAUCACACAGUAUGGAGGAGUGUGAGGCUCUGUGCACCAGACUGGGCAUCAUGGUCAACGGCAGGUUCAAAUGCCUGGGGAGCAUCCAGCACCUCAAGAACAGGUUUGGUGAUGGUUAUAUGAUCACAGUCCGGACCAAGACCAGUUCCAGUGUGAAGGAGGUGGUGAGAUUCUUCAACAGGAAUUUCCCUGAGGCUGUACUAAAGGAGAGCCACCACACUAAGGUCCAGUUCCAGCUGAAGUCAGAGAGGAUCUCCCUGGCCCAGGUGUUCAGUAAGAUGGAGCAGGUGGUCGAGGUGCUGGGAAUAGACGACUACUCUGUCAGCCAGACCACACUGGACAACGUAUUUGUGAACUUUGCAAAGAAGCAGAGUGACAACCUGGAGCAGCAGGAGAGUUCGCCCCCUGGUGGAGGCCAGUCGCCACUGCAGCGCCUGCUAACCCUGCUCAGACCCCGGCUGGCCAACACGGAGCUCGACGCCCUGGUCAGCGAAGAACCGGAGGAACUAGAGAGUGAUGAUGAUGAGGGCCUCAUCAGCUUCGAGGAGGAGAGGGUGCAGCUCUCCUUUAACACAGAUACACUCUGUUGAACUGUGGAAGCUCAGAGAGCCUGGACAGACAAAGUGGGAGGAGGAACCUCAGAGAGGGGGUGUGAUUGGACAGACAAAGUGUAAGGAGGAAAUUCAUAGGGGGCAUGUCUAUAGACAAAUAUGGGAUGAGGAAAUAACAUGAACUAGUCAGACAGAGGAAGAUAAUGUACCUGUUCAUUUUGGAUUGGAAGACAACCGUCUCCAUCUACCCAGGGGAAAGUAAGAUAAGUGUUAUUUUUAUCCUCAAACACCUAACAGUGACAGAGACUGAGGAAUGGGACUCAGAGAAUGAGAUGCAGUGGAACAGAGAAGAGAAUGACAGAGAAAUGAAGCGAGCCUCUCAAAGCUGUCACAUAGUCAUCGGCCAUAGUUAAAGCCUGAAGUGUCCAUAAGACAAGGCCCCUGUCAUCAUGGGAAGCAUACUGAUACAGUGAGAAAGCUUGUAUUUUAAUAGAGAUAUGUUGUUAUAGGAAUGUCUAUAUGUAUUUAUUUUUGAGAAUGUAUUGAUAAAUGGGAACACUGAAAACCAAUGGGGUCUGUCUAGUAAGGACUAAAAUCACAAGGCUUGAUGUGGUAUUCAUGUUGCCUUCGCUAGUAGGUUGGCUUCAUUCAAUGUUGAUGAUGUCAGAAAAUAACAUAUCAUUGCUUCUGAUAUGACCACCUUACUGAGUUUAAUAUUUCCUCAGUUGUUUGACGCAGUGAAUUAGUGGUUCAUCGUUGGUCAAAUGUGUUCUGUCCCUGCCAAAGUACAAGUCUGUAUCCUUAAUGACACCCUAUUCUCUAUAUAGUGCACUACUUUUGAUUAGGGCCCCAUAAGGCUCUGUUCAAAACAAGUGCAUUAUGUACUGAAGGGAAUAGGGUGCUAAGGGUCCUGGUACAAAGUAAUGCACUAUAUAGGAUGUAGGGUGCCAUUUGGGACACACCCCCAGUGUUCCUGUUCAACCAGAGAUGAUGCCCCCCCCCUUUAUGUUUUGACCUGCCUUGAGAGCAUGCUGUCAUGAAACCAGUCAAACCAGUGUUGUGUCAUACAUAUACAGUAUAUACAAUACCUAUAUUUUUCUGUGCAAGAAGAAAGAUGUAUUUUAGAUAUUGAAAUGUAUAUGGGACAGAUGUGUGAUCUGUGAUCGAUUUGGCAAUAAUGGUUUAUAGAGGGAAGUAAAAUGACCUUUGGAAAAAGCGGCAAGUUUUGACAUGAGUCCUGAAUUGUUGGCCUUUUAUUUGAAAUCGCUUUAUUAGAUGAAUUGAGUCACACUACAUGUCCUGUUUUAAGAGAAUGCCUCUACUUGUUGAUACUGAAGGUGCCUCGUUAACCUCAAGCCUCUUCAUUUGGACAGGGGACACUAGAUUUUUGUCUCGUCAUGAUAAAUAGAGCACUUUCUACUGAAUGCUUUAUUUUGUGCUUCUACAAUUCAUAAUGAUUUGGAUUCUUUCAAGAAGAUCACAUUUUGGACACAAUGUAAUAAUGUAGUUAUCCUCAAGAUCAUUGAAGUUAUUGAAAACCGUGAAAAUAACUUAAUAAUAACUCUCUCAUGUAAUAAAUAAGGUCACGUGCAAGAUCUACAAUAACAAGCAUACACUACUGCACUACUAUCACUGUGAGACAAAGACGUUGAACUUUCAGAUCAUUGUUUAGUUUGAACUUAAAUGGAUUGUAUGCUUUAAAGGCAGUUGGCUUACCGUACAUAUCUUUUGGAAGUUGGAGCACAUUUGAAGAACAGCCGCACCACAUCAUUAGUGAAGGGAAAGGUUUAUGUUAUUCAAUAGUAUGUUGGCAUGUGAUUUGAACUGGAUAUUUUCAUGGAGUGUUUGUGUUGUGAAGAGCCAGUUGUAAUAUAUCGUUAUUCUUCUCAGAGGACACUUCAUUUCUUUCACGGACUAAUUCAACGUAAUUGAACAUAUGUUUUGGUGAUUUCUUAAUGUGAGACCUACUUGGACGUAUUUGCUCAUUUUCCUUGACUGUGGUGGGUUUGUUAUCCUUUUACUAAUAAGUAGAGGAAACAGACUGUUGUAGUUAGUUUUCAUCAGAAUGUAAAGUAGGUUAAAUGUUUUACUGAAGUCCAGGAAAUAAUAUGAGAACAAGAAACAAUGCCUGUUUUUGAGAUGUGUUAAGUAAUGCUAUCUGUAUAUGUUUAUGUUUAUGUAUAUGUUAUGUAUCUGAAAAUCAGGAAGGAAAGAUGUAUUGAGCUUGAAACAAACGUGUGUCCUUUAACUCAGACUGAAUGAUGACCGUGAUGCUCUACUUUAACUAGAGUUCUGUGACCUCAAAAGCAACAUCAAUGUGAUUUAGGCCCAUUUUGGAUAAUUUCUGUUGCCACCCAAUGUAUCUCUGAAUACUUGUAAGAUCAAGGUAUUUGAAGUUUUCCCUGAGCAAAGCUUGACUUUUUUUAAAAGAGCAUCAUUUAGGAUACUUUCACUUUCCCUUCAGCGCAGAAUUCUCUACAGAAAUGUAUCUGGGGUAAAACUAUUUAACACUGAUGUUUUUUUGACACCAGCAAAUAUGAGAGUUAGGUGCAAUUCUACAUGGUUUCAAAUACCGUAUACUAUGGGAUGGAAAAAAUGAUUCAGUCAAUCUAGUGAAUUACUCAGCUUUGCUCUAAAGCUGAAUGCUUUGGAAUUUAUCCAGGCAGUGUAUUGUGUGUGUGCAUAUGAAUAUAGAUAUAUAUUUAUACGUUGUGAAAAUAUGUCAGUUGACAUUAUUCUGUUGUAAAGCAUCUGUCCAGGUUGUUCUCGUGUUAUUUUUGGACUUAAUGUAACAUCUGGUCUUGUUCCUGAUUUUACUGUUGUUUCUGUACUCUGUGCUUCACGUUUGGUGAUCUGGAUUUUCAAAAUCAGGUAUCAGUUGGGUACUUUCUAUGGUUUCGUUCCUAAAUUGAAUUACGGUGUUCUAGCUAUGCCUUGAAAACGUUAGGUAUUUGGACCAAAUCAUUUACAUGCACUUUGAAAGCUUGCAUUCAUUUGGCUUACAAUAAAGAUAUGAGAAUAGGAGUGUGAUAUAUCCAUUUCAUUUGAUGAUGUCCUGAGGAGUUUUUACUGACAUUAUUCAACAGAAAAAUGCAGUGAUUUACAGAGGCUCUUUAUCCAUAUAUAUAAAACUUCAUGACUACCAUUUUGGAUCGUGUUCGAUCUAAUUAAACCUUGCUACCCAACACAUCCCUGUGCAUACUAGAUGAAGGCCAUUGAAGUUUUCAAUGAGCAAAGAUUGGUUUAAAAAAAUUAAAUUGAGGAUUUUCUUAGAGCUCGAUUGAGUCCUUAGCUCUGAAAAUCUGAGUUGAGUGAUUUACAUUUAAAGGCAAUGUUCCCACGUUAGUGGAGACUGGAUUCGGUCUGCAUGUCGGCUCGAUUGGAAGUGAUCCUUAAAUGUUAACGGUAGUGAUUGAAUCGGACCCUAAGUUUUAUUUUCAGUGCAGAUCAUACUGUACAAAAGUAUCUGGAGAAAAAACUAUUAAACACAUGUUUUUUAAAGACAACAGCAAAUAUCAGUUAACCUAACUUAGUUAGGUGCAAAUACUGUACACUAUGAGAUGAAAAUACAUCAAUCAUUCUAGUGAAUACUCAGCUUUCAUCUGUAGCAAAAUGCUUUGGAAUUUAUCCAGGCAGUAUGUGUGCAUAUGAAUAUAAAUGUAUAUUCAUAUUUUAUGAAAAUGUGUCUUGACAUUAUUCUGUUGUAAAGCAUCUGUUCAUAUUGCGUUACAUUGGGUCUUAAAGUAACAUCUGGUCUUGUUCCUGAUUCUAAUGGUGUUUCUGUACUCUGUGCUUCACGUUUGGUGAUCUGGGUUUUUAAACAAAAUAAAUAAAUCAGGUACCAUCA